AUGAGCGCUCCAGAGGAUAGACCAAAGGAGACCAAAAAGCAUAUCAUCGUAGUGGGUGCUGGAGUAGGAGGGGUCGCGGUAGCUGCUCGUCUGGCACGCGCAGGUCAUCAAGUAACAGUCGUCGAAAAGAAUGCAAACUGUGGUGGUCGAUGCUCUGUCUUUACCCGUAAAGGAUUUAGAUUCGACGUGGGCCCAUCUCUAUAUUUAAUGCCAGAUAUAUUUAAAGAGACAUUUGCUGACUUGGGUGAAGACAUUUCGACCCACAUUGAGCUCAUCAAAUGCAACCCCAAUUACAAGCUAUACUUUGCCGAUAACGAUACCAUCACGCUAUCCUCAGACUUGACACAGCUCAAAUCUGAAAUCGACCGAGUGGAACCUAAAACGGGAUGGCCUGGUUUCCUUAGAUUUUUGAAGGAGGGGCAGUCGCAUUAUGACAAGUCUGUAGCAUUGGUGCUAAGAAAAAACUUUGAAAUGUGGUAUGAGUUCUUUACGGGUGAUAAUUUAAUCAGUGCAUUUGAAUUGCACGUCUUGUGGAGCAUGUGGGGUAGAGCUUCACGCUACUUUAAGUCAGACAAGUUACGUCGGGCCUUCACAUUCCAGGCCAUGUACAUGGGUCAAAGUCCGUAUGAAGCUCCUGGUACAUAUAAUCUACUUCAAUACACUGAGAUCGCUGAAGGGGUGUGGUAUCCUAAAGGAGGCUUCAAUAUAGUAAUCGAAAAGAUGGAAAUGAUCGCCAUAACCAAAGGGGCAAAAUUCAUGUAUAAUACAUCAGCAAAACGAAUAAUAGUUGACAAGGAAGCUCGACUAGCUACUGGUAUCGAAUUAGAUGAUGGUCGUGUUAUAGACGCCGACGUCGUAGUCUGUAAUGCAGACCUAGUAUGGGCCUACAAUAAUUUGCUACAACCGACAUCAUAUAGUAAGAGUCUGACUAGGAAAGCCCAUACGUCAUCCACCUUCUCUUUUUACUGGGGCAUGAAGCAAACCAUACCUGAAUUAAACGCCCACAACAUCUUUUUGGCCGCCGACUAUAAAGAAUCAUUCGAUCGUAUCUUUAAAGACCAAGAUCUACCCAUUGAACCAUCGUUUUACAUACACGUGCCAUCUAGAGUAGACUCAACUGCAGCGCCCGCUGGUAAAGAUGUUGUGACGGUGUUGGUACCAGUGGGUCAUAUCUCAGCUUCGAAAAAACAGGACUGGCCAGCAUUACAGAAACGAGCUCGUGCAGCUGUUAUAUCUCUGCUAGAGGCUAAAUUGGGUAUAAAGGACUUUGCUUCAUUGAUUGAAGUUGAGGAAGUCAAUAAUCCAGAGAGUUGGAGGGAUACGUAUAAUCUACAUCAGGGUUCUGCACUAGGUCUCAGUCACAACAUUACGCAAGUUGGUUGGUUUAGACCCUCAACUCGUCAUGAGGACAUUGGUAACAUCUUCUUUGUUGGUGCAUCUACUCAUCCUGGCACGGGUGUCCCUGUAGUUCUAUAUUCAGCGCGACUGGUAGCUCGUCAAGUCCGUCUACAAAUCAUGUAUGGGCUGAAGUGGAGAGUCAAAGCCAAUUAUGUGGAAUUGCUGUUUGGCGUAUUUUGUUUGCUGUUGGCUGUACUGGCUGCCAUCUACAUGCCAAAGGACUGGGCACUUCUCAGCGAUAUUGAGCCAGAGUUAUAA